AUUUGAUCAAAAAGAUUUUUGGAUGUCCUUCAAUGAACCGAGUGAUAUUGCCACUGCUCUUUAUAAAUAUACUUCUACUUGGGCUCAAUGUUGCUUCUACAGAAAAGUUUAAAGAAACUCCCGUUUUGACAGAUUAUCCGAUAUCAUCAUCUUUACAACGACAACUACUACGAGCACAUCAUGAUCAUAAGAGCGAAGAGCCAGUGUAUACCUUACGUAUUCAUAAGAAACCUACUACUACUUCAACUACCUCAUCAUCACCAACAAAAUCGACAUCAAUACUAAAAAGCCUUCUACCUCCAUUAUGCUUCCAUAUCACAUCGACAAGUCGCUGUUGGAAGAAUACACAAACGCAAACAUUCACAAUAAGUCAUUCUACAGUGAUAAAAACAUCGACAAAAACUAAAAUCAUUCCUACUUGUACAACUACAACCUUUGUAGCAGCCUAUCAUAAGACUAUUACUGCUGCUAAAACCACAGCCACAACGAUAGGAAGUGGCGAUCAUAUUUCAUCUUCCAUCUAUGAGGACCAUUAUACAGAUAAGCAUCAAACAAAACCUGUACAUUCUGGUCACCAGCAAAAUACCAAUAGAUACUCUAACAGCAACUACCAUCGUCAUUACGACCAUAAACACCAUCACAAAAGCGCUCAUGAUAGAGAAAAACACCUUAAAAAAGAGAAACCUACAUCAACAAAAAAAUCAAUAGCUCAUCACUCGACAGCUUCUUCAAAGGGUAAAAAGUUUAGACCAACACAUAAAGCCCACCAGCAGCAUCUUCGUGCUAGUAGUAUCAUUAGUGAACAGACUUAUCGUUACCCCGCCCCCACACGACUCGCUAGCACUACCACUUCAACAACUAAUAUGGUUGCAUACGGAGUAACGCCUGCCGCACUUUCUUCUCCAACAAUAUCAUCAGAACCAACAAUGGCAUCUGCAAAUAAUCUUAACAAUGAGAAUGACGAAAACAAUAAUGGAUCCAAUGAAAAUGAUAAUGGGUUAAUAACUGCAAGUAGCUCCACGAAUGACAAUGAUAAUAGUGAUGUUAGUGAUACUAAUGAGAUCACCACAACUAAUCCAGAAACAACAACAUCUUUGACUGAUGAAGCGGCAGCCAGCAGUCCUUCCAACACACCUACAGAUGUUAUCAACUCUUUCCCCAAUGUGGACAGCAAUGACGAUAAUAAUACUGUGAAGAAUGAUCCCAAUUCACCGGGCGAAAAUGAUGUUAACCACCGAGCCCUAGGUAUUGGCCUCGGAGUAGGUAUUGGCUGUGUAGCCGCUUUGGGUCUCGCCGGUAUGCUCGUUUACAAUAACCGUCGUAGAAGACUGCAGCAACAAUCUUUGGGCGAUUAUCAACAACAGCAACAGGUUUCGACACGCUGGCGGCCCCAGAGCUUUAUGAAUGUGGUUGCUUCAGUAGUCGCAAAGUUACCAAGGUCACCUUCUCUACGAAGUAAAGCUUCUACAACGAACACCAUAAUGUCACCUAACAACAAUAGUAAUAGUGAAAUGACUGGAAUAGCUGUGACGACAACAGAUACCACAAGCCUACCUGCUUUGGUCAGUGUAGAAGAUUAUUAUUAUGGUCAUUAAUUAAUAUCGUAAUAGAGUAUAUUAGGUUUACGAGGACUCUGGAAGCAGCCUAAACCCUUUGUAUUUAACUACAUAAAAAUCUAUAUUAGAUAUAAAAAGAAUAAUAUAAAUUUAAUUGAUACAUAUUUUUUGUAAUAUAUACC